AUGUGCUACGAGUUUAUUCGUGCUGGUAGAUACACCGUAUCGUACUGCUACGUGUGCCCCACAACAUCAGCACGUGUAGUUAUUUUCCUCGAACUUCUUGCCUCCUCGCCAACGCCAAAUGCCAACACCAACAACGGUACCAUAGGCAUCAAUGUCAAACUCAACAAUGCUCGUCACAAUGCAUUCUGGCCGGAAUCCAACGCGUCUGGGAGGGAAGUGGUAACGGUGCAGCAUCAGACUGCCCCAGACGUCCCAUCCCCAGGCCCGGAUCGCCCUCAAUGCUGGGCGCAGAAGGGGGGCGGGGCGAAUGGCAUGGCCCAGCAACAGCAGGCCCAAGUCGGUGACUGUGAACAAGCCAACCCCUUCGCGUACAUCUUUCACCUUGGACUCGACGGCCUCCUCGACGGCCAGGACCCACAGCCCACCAUUGUCCAUGUCGCCCUGUUGCAGUGGGCCGCCGCCUUGUUGUACCCAUUCAAUCGCCCGCUUCUAUCGCCGGUGCGACUCGCUGGAGCCGCUGGGGUGCUUUUUUGGGUUCUGCUCGUUAUGGAUAUGGCUUCAGAGCAACUCGAUCAUGCCGUGCCGCGCUCCCCUCUCCCUCCUCCGCCUCCGCAACCACCGCCGCCGCCUGCUCCGCCUGGCCAGCAGCAGCAGCAGUCGCAGCAGUCGCAGCAACAACAACAACAGCAGCAGCAGCAACAGCAGUUCCACGCGCCCCAACGCUCCCCGCUGAGGCCGUUCGCCGUGCAACCGCCCCUCCUCACCACGACCGCCCUCGCGCCACCGCCUCCGCAAGGGACCCCGUACCUGCAUGGCUCGUCGUUGCACACGCCUGCCACUGCUGCCUCGAGCCUAAGCCUCCCGUUCUCGCCGUUCGCCGUUGUCAAUUCUCCGUCGACGUAUGCCAACAACUCCAUUCCGCCUUCUCCCAUGGCUGCGAGGAAUCAGCCCUCUGUUCCGUACAAUCCACAGCAAUGGACUCGUGGGGGCCCGGUGAGCGGCCAGCAUGUUCAGCAUGCGCAGACGUCGGUACCGUCUCGUCUUCAUGAUGUGACGGGCAUGGAAGCGUCCAUGCCUUCCCCACCUCCUCCCUACUCGCCAGGCCAGACUCCAAAUAGCUCGCAUAGUCAACACACAUCACCACACUUGUCUGGCGGUGCAUUCCCUCAGCAUCAUCCUCCUCCACCGCCAAUACCACCCACGAGCACUCCUUCAUCGGCGCGGCCCAUUUCUGGCUAUCACAGUCGACCUGGUUCAAUAGUGAUACCCUCGAGUGCUACAAGCAUAAACUCGAAUGCUCAGUUUCCGCCACCGCCCCCAAGGAAUGGCCCAGGGAGAUCGGUUUCUCGAGACAAGAUCGUCUCCAAGUUUAGCUUGUCAUCGUUUAGAAAUCGCAACAAUGAGCACAGUCCUGCGCCAAGUGCGAUUGACUCUCUGCACAUCAACACUUCAGAUGCCAUCAUGCGUGCACCAGCCUCUCCUGGGUUGAUCGCGCAACGUGCUACUUCACAUUAUGUCCCUUCUGCACUUACAGAGCGACGGUAUAGUCCCGAGAGCCAAUCUCCUUUGAGGGCACCAACGGCUCGAAGAGCAGCGUCGGCUGGAGUCCCCGGCUAUGAGACGAGAACACCUAUUGAUGAAUCGCCGGUUGGUCCUCAAGGCACCUGGAGUCGAUCUUCGCCUCUGCCCCCACCUCCGCCCGGUCCCCCACCGAGUAGUUCAAGAUCGCAGAGUAUGGGACCUGUCCAGGACACAAUACGAGGACCCGGUGGACCAUCCGCUCCACCAACUAGAAGGCCCGGUCAGAGCACGUUGGGACCUAUACCGCCAACUCCUUUGGGCUGGCAAGAUGAGCCUGUCCAGGCUCGUGCUAGGUCUCCUGCGGCUCAUGGUCUGCAUCUUGAUACUGGGAACCAAGGAGCUGGGUUACAUGAACAGAUUGCGCAACUUUCGGAUAAUGGCAGUGCGUCGAUGUCCUCAGGCCCGACCAACAGCAGCCUGCAUUCAGGAAGCACCAUUCAUCGCACGCCACAACGUGAGCAGAGCAAUCGCGGAAUUCGUGAAAGAAGGAGCGAGAGUCGUGCUGCGCGUGGCGCCACAGAGCCGAGUAAUAACCCAUGGGCACAUGACUUGGAGGCAGAGUCUACCAAACCUGCAAAUCUGGAACUAGGAACACCUGAAGGUGGCCUGACUCGACGUGGAGCUGUGACUAGGGGCACUCCUCGAAGCGGCGGCGCACUUCGAUCACCAAGAAGUGGGCAUGUGUUUGAGGAUCCUGAUUCGUCGAAUUCUACUCCUCGCAUGGAGGUAUACCAGAGAUCUGUGUCUGGUAUUGCGCCCACACCACCUUUCUCGCCAGGUAUGGAUAGUCUUAGUCGUUCUGCUCAGAAAGCACCGGCAUCGUUCCCCUCAAAGGCCCUUCCUACCCCGCCCUUGAGCGGAUACAUCGAUAGCGCUGGACGGGACCUGACCAGUCAAGCAGGUUCCGCGAAUCGGUCAAAGUCGCACACAUCACACACAUCAGAUAGGCAAACGGAAGGCAAGGCUAUCCAUACGCCUAGGCCACUGGAUCGCGAUUCGUUUGCUCAAAAAUCGAUAGAACGUCACAGACAAUUCAUUGAGAGGGAAAUGGCCGCACAAUCCGAUCAGGAUAGACUAGAGCUCUUUGCUGAGUUCAUUGUGACUGAAUCUCGGCUCCGUCGGGAUCGCUACUCCACUGCCUUCGAUGCCAUGGCCGGCGAUAUCAUGGAUCUGACAAGAGACAUGUGGCGUUCGUACGGUAAUUACACGGGAAGAAGAUCAGCGACACCCAACACCCAGGCGAUGACGCCCGGACUCAAGGGGAAAAGAUCGCAAGCAUCACUAGCAGGAGAGUCGCCAGACACAAGGUUUUCCAAUUCAAUGCCCACAACGGCGGCAAGUCCUGCGUCAUCAGUGGGUAAUUUCACCCCGCAUACCGAGCCAGCGUCCCCGUCCAGUGCAUCGAGCCAAAAAGCCCGCGAUGCAGCUUGGGCCAACAAUUAUCAUCCAUCCCUGUCACCAAUCCCCAGCAUGGCUAUGAGCACUGUGCCGGAUGAAGAGGGUUCAAGAGGACGCUCAGCAAGUCGCUGGUGGGAAAGCGACGGAGGAUCAUCGGGAGUAGGCGGGGGGAGGCGAUUGGAACGGAGCAAACGAGAGUCCAAGUACAUGAGUUUGCCCAAGGAAGCCCGUGAGAGCUUGCAAUGGGCGGGUGGUGAUCAAAACACACUAGGACAGCGUCAGGACUCCAGCGGCCGACAGAUGUACGGUCCUCACGAGUAUCCUCCGGAGAAGGUUGGGAUGCAUCCCGAACCUCAGCCGCAGUUGCAGCCACCUUACGGGUAUCAUCCAAGAUCUGCAACGGCAACACCAGAUUCACAUAAACUGGAUGUUUCGAGACUUGUCACACUUCCUCCUUCAUAUCCACGGCAUCAUCCGGCUGUCAACAACAGUCACCCCGAUUUGGCUUCUAUUAGGGGCAGCCUACGCACACUUACAGACUUCGAGGAAGUAAAAAGCUCCAAAUCGAAUUUUGCAACGAAAAUAGAGGAACGCAAGGAGCAGGAAAACGCAUCGCUUUCGGAUCGAAGAGCUCAGCUCCGCUAUAACAUUCAAGAUAAUGUUCGCAACGGCGUCAUGUCGUUUGCCGAUGCAGCCAAGGCAGAAGCGGACUUUGAAUCUCGAGAACACCAACGAGCGCAAGAUGUGGUACAAUAUGUCUUCGACACCUUUCAAACAGAGGUGGCCAAUCCUCUACAUGCAAUGUUCUGUGAGCGCAUCACCAAAGCUACAGCCUCCAUGGAGCAGCUGAAGGGACGCCUAAGUAAUGAAGCGCAAGAGUUGAAUCCCAACCAGAUGCAAGAAGAGGGAGAUGAGAAGCCUGAAUUGUUGGAGAUGCUCACAUUGCUCAAGUGGCUAUUUGAAGCUCGUGAGCAACUGCAUAAAGAAAUGUUCGACCUGGAAGAUGAGCGCAAUGAUCUGUACAGAGACAUCAUCGUUCUACCCUACGUACAACAGAAGAACGAGCAAAAGGUCAAAGAAGCUACUAGCUUCUUUCAACACGACGCACAGGAUCGCAAGGUCACCUUUGAGAAGGGGGUUUUGAAGCGUUACGAGGACUUUAUGAAUGUAAUCGAACAGAACGUAACAAGAGGGGUGGAAGCCCAGCUAUCGGCAUUCUGGGAUAUUGCACCAGGGUUGUUGGCCAUCGUCCAGCAGGUACCUCAACGUCUACACGGGUUCGAAGUCUUGGUACCUCCCCAAGAGUAUGAGGAGAACCCAGCAUACCACGACUACCCGUUACAGUAUCUGUAUACGCUUCUUGCACACGCCGGUCGCUCCGCCUAUCAGUUCAUCGAAUCGCAGAUCAACCUACUGUGUCUGCUGCAUGAAGUCAAGACUGGAGUGAUGACAGCUGGGUCUCGCCUGCUCGAGACCCAGAGGUUGCAAGAAGGUGAAGACUUGGCCGGCGUAGAUCGAGAGAUGAAGGCUAUCAGGGCAGAUGAAGAACGUCGCUUAACAGAUGAUCUCAAGGAGAAGGUUGGCUUAGUCGAAAGCCAGUGGAAUGAAGCCCUUGGCCAGGGCCUGGAAGACUGUAAAUCGAGGGUGGAGCAUCAUCUCACCGAGCAAGCUGGCUGGGAUGACAGCCUGACGGAGUAG